GAAAGAACGGCCGGUCACGAAGCGGGAACGUGGACGGUUGCUGAUCGAGGAUCCCCCGGUUUCUUGUUACCAAGGGUGGACUUCUCCGUUCGGAUCGAUCCGAGGAAACGAGGGGGUCGUCAUUGGCUCGGGAUCCCUGGGUUCCCGGGACUCAUGCGCGGGGUGAGAUCAGCUGGGAGACGGAGGCUCGUUCGUUUUUCACUUGGUUUUCCCAUCGCGGAGGACAUGGUUCGCGGGUGGAGGCUCCGUUGCUAUGGAUGCCGUCGAGGUCGCGGACCGGUGGAGUUGCUGUGAGUUCAUGGAGAAGACCCAGGGGGAGUUCGCGAUCGAUGAAGACGAAAUGGGUUCGCUGCUCGCGAAGGGGUCGUACAGGAUCGAGGAGGAAGAAGGCUGGGAAGACGAUGUCGGCUUUCACGAAUUCGUGAAGUCGUACGACUUGAUUUGUGGAAUGAUCAUCGUGGUCGAAAAUCGCGAAUUGCAUGCUGAUAUCAGAGUUACAGAUCGGAUGUGCAAGCAUCAGAUAUCCUCAGAUGGGAGAUGUAAGUUCAGGAUUCUGACCAACUCGGAGAAAUCCAGUGUAGCCUUCGGAAGUCCCGGGAGCGUGGGAACCGGAGGACGGGAAGUCCUCAGUCCGGGAGAGAAAGAACUCGGGACGCCGGCCGUUCCCGUCGACGAGGAGGAGCCGAUCGAAGUCCCCGACGUCCCCAACGGGGGAUACGGUUGGGUCAUCGUCUUCGCAGCCUUCGCUGCCAAUGCCAUCAUCGAUGGGAUUGCGUAUUGCUUUGGAAUCUUCCUUCCUGCCUUGGUCCUCGAGUUCCACGAGUCCAAGGCCAAAACUUCAUGGGUUGGAAGCAUUCUCUCGGGGUUUUAUCUCAGCGUCGGUCCAGUUGCCAGUGCAUUGACAAACAGGUUUGGCUGCCGGAAUGUAUGCAUCGCAGGCACCGUAGUCGCUGGAACGGCACUUGGGCUUAGCACCAUGGUCACGUCCAUCAACGUUCUCAUGGUCACUUACGGGAUUCUUGGAGGUUUGGGAUUUGGGCUCAUAUACCUGCCAUGCAUCGUGGCAGUCAGUAAUUGGUUCGACACCAGGAGAGCUCUUGCGACCGGCAUUGCAGUUUGUGGCUCUGGAGUUGGCACUUUCGCACUCGCUCCUCUUGGGAACGUCCUUCUGGAAGAAUAUGGAUGGAGAGGGGCUUAUCUCAUCUUUGUUGGCAUUCUUCUCAACUGCUUGAUUGUGGGCUUACUGAUGCGAGAGCCACCAGUGGCACGUCUUCAGCCUGUCCCUGAGCAAAUUGGACCUGUCAACUUUCCAACAAGUGACUCUGCAUAUUUCACAUACCAGAGGCCAGAUGGGUCUUGGGAACAGAGGCCGAAGCUCCUCAUGAAUUUAGAGCCUGGAGUCCAUUCGAAUCUUCACAUAGAGCUGGUUGGGACAUGCAGUGCUCCAGUUGGCUCACUGCAGAAAGUACCCACUCUGCCCAAUAUCUUAGAGGGAAAGGCACUCGUGUCUCAACCGAUCCCCGAACAGAAGCAAGAUGAAAGAAACUUGGAUGAGGGCGAUAGCGCUCUUGGUACGAGUGGCAGUAGCGGCAGCGAGCUGGAAGCAGGAAAGGAAGAUUCAAAAGUUUCGUCUCCCCCUCCUCUUCAGAACCCGCCCAGCAGUGGCAUCAACAAUAACAAUAAUAAUGUUAAAGCAGAAACUUCCAGCAUUCAUUCCUCUGUUUCUGGAACUCCGAAAAUCGUGGUCUCGAGCGCUUCAAGCGUGAAGGCAGACUUUCCAUUUCCAAAAGUGGGAGGUUCACACAAGGACAUACACCGAAUGCAAUCAACUCCUACACUCCCUCGCAAACGUCAUCUCAGGCGCAACGUCUCGGCUUCCCUCUACGAGAUCAAAACUGCCCUGCACAAGCGCUACAGUGCACAGCCACCUGGAUCCUAUCUUUCCGUUCACCCUAAAAUCCCAUCUGUCCAGAGUCUAUCCCAUAGACCUUCUCUUGUCUCUAAGGUGUCAAAUGCAUCAUGUUCAUCUCGCCCAAGACGUAUCAGCGUCACUUCCCAUGGCGGUGGAAGUCGUCGAGCCAGUCGAGGAUCUUUACACAUGCCCCUUGUUAGGAAAGACACGUUCUUGGCUGGAAGCGUCCAGAGGCUUCCAGAUUUCCAGAUGAGUACAUCCAUUGAGGACUACAGAGCAUCUAUUCUGAGCCUUCACCAGGAGAAAGACAUGGUUGAUACUCUGACUCUCCCACCAGAAGAAGUCCCUCCAGAAAAAGAUGCGCUGUGCUGGAUGCUCCCUGCUUCUUUUGUGGAGAUAUUUCGGGAAAUGACAGACUUCACACUCCUCGCAAAUCCUGUAUUUCUACUGAUUGGGUUGAGCAGCAUCUUUGGAAUGCUAGGAUUUUAUGUCCCCUUUGUGUACCUAGUUGAUGCAGCAACUGGAAAGGGCAUUGACAUGGAUACAGCCUGUUUCCUGCUAUCAGCUGUAGGACUGACAAAUACUUUGGGUAGAGUUUUCAUGGGAUGGCUGAGUGAUCUUCCACGGGUGGAUUGCCUUCUUCUCAAUAAUCUGUGUCUGCUCAUCAGUGGAAUCACCGUGGCAUUCACUCCAUUUUGUAACACGAUGUUUGGGUUCACUAUAGUUGCUGUACUCUUCGGACUCUGCAUUGCGGGAUUCGUGAGUGUGGCGUCUAUCAUGCUGGUGGAGCUCAUGGGGAUUGAUCGCUUGACCAAUGCCUUUGGGUUGCUACUCUUGUUCCGUGGCCUUUCUUCAUUCCUUGGUGCUCCUAUUGCAGGUGCCAUAUCAGAUGCUACUGGGAGUUAUGAUGCCUCCUUCUACACUGCAGGAGGAUUCUUGAUUCUGGCUUCUCUCAUUGGCUUCAUCAUUUACCUGCCAAUGCUGGCAAGUUACAGGGCUCCAUUGGUACCUGCUGAGCCCUUGGACAUCUUAGAAGACAUCCCAGAAGAAAGCGAAUCGAAGGAGAGGUACUCAUUAGCAUUUCUUUAUCUGCAGGGGAAGGUCAAGUGCCAUGACUUGAGAGGCAAGAAGAAGGAUGAACUUCAGAAGCAGCUGGAGGACUUGAAACAGGAGCUGAUGUCCCUGAGGGUUGCAAAAGUUACGGGAGGAGCUGCUUCAAAGCUUUCCAAGAUACGUACUCUUCGCAAGUCCAUCGCACGAAUCUACAUCGUCAUGAAUACAAUGCAGAAGGAGAAUCUGCGGAAAUACUAUGCAAAGAAGAAGUACAAGCCCUUGGACUUGAGGCCCAAGCUGACCAGGGCCCUGCGACGUGCUCUUACGAGGAAAGAGAUGACGAAGCGUACGAAGAAGGAAGAGAGGAAACUGAGAAAUUUCCCUCCCAGGAUGUAUGCCAUUAAGGCUUGAAUAAAGUAUAAUAUUCAAGGUCCUGUGAUGAA